CCGCAGUCGUCUCGCUGCCCGGACCCUAGGCCAAGGCCAAACGGAGCAUCAGAAUGCAAGUCGAAACUGAGACCCCUGGCCUCCAUGACCCGACGCUUGGACUUCAGGGUGUGCAACUGUAGGGGCCGUGGGAAUCGAGAGCCCCUCCGAGCCGGCAUUGUGCCAAGCCUGGACUGGUAGCUCCCUUAUGGCGUCCGCGCCUUUUUACUGCGCGCUUCCACCUGUGUGCACGCACACACGCCGCCCUGCGAAGACGCUUAUGUAGAGCCCAGAGGAUCGAUCCCAUGCUUUCUACUCUACUCAGGUUCAGUGCAAUUCCAACGAAAGCUUGCUUGGUCCCAGGCCGCCGCGAGAACCCCCUCCCCCGGAGCCAUCCUACAGUGACCCAAGGAGGCCCACACAGGUGCCCGGGCCACACACCUUGCGUCUUGAAGGGCAAUACAUACUGGCCCAAUCCACAUGCCUUCAUGUCUUUCUUCACUUUGCUGUACACAGAAGACCCAGAACUGGGGCCAGCUGUAUAAGACGAGGUGGAAAAUAGAAAAUGUUUGCACUUCUCUCUUGGAUUUCUCACUCAAUGCUGGAUGGACUUAAGGAGACAGAAGCCCAGAAGUUGCCUGUGUGAUUUAAAAGAGGACACCUCUAGUACCAGCCUCCAGAACCUGCAAAGAGCUUCCAUUUCCACUGCACAUACUUUUUAAAAUGGGAGCUGACUGAUAUGGUGGUAUGGGUGACGGGAGCUUCAAGUGGCAUUGGUGAGGAGCUGGCUUACCAGCUGUCUAAACUAGGUGUUUCUCUUGUGCUAUCUGCCAGAAGAGAACCUGAACUGGAGAGGGUGAAAAGAAAAUGCCUUGAGAAUGGAAAUUUAAAAGAAAAAGAUGUACUUGUUUUGCCCCUUGACUUGACUGACACAAGUUCCCAUGAAGAAGCUACUAAAACUGUUCUUCAGAAGUUUGGUAAAAUCGACAUUUUGGUCAACAAUGGGGGAAGAUCUCAGCGUUCCUUGUGUGCAGACACCAGCCUGGAUGUCUUCAAAGAGCUAAUAGGGAUUAAUUACUUAGGAACAGUGUCCUUGACUAAGUGUGUUCUGCCUCACAUGAUUGAGAGGAAGCAAGGAAAGAUCAUUACUGUGAAUAGCCUUAUGGGUAUCAUAUCUGCACCCCUUUCCAGUGGAUAUUGUGGUAGCAAACAUGCUCUCCGGGGUUUUUUUAAUGCCCUCCGAGCUGAGCUAGCCUCAUACCCAGGUAUAGUAAUUUCUAACAUCUGCCCAGGACCUGUGCAAUCAAACAUUGUGAAGAAUUCUUUCACUGAAGAAGUCACAAAGAUAGUGCACAAUGAUGGAGACCAGACCUACAAGAUGGCAACCAGUCGUUGUGUGAGACUGAUGUUAAUCAGCAUGGCCAAUGAUUUGAAAGAAGUUUGGAUCUCAGAUCAUCCUUAUUUGUUUUUUGUGUAUCUGUGGCAAUAUGCACCAACCUGGGCCUGGUGGAUAACUGGGAAAGUAGGGAAGAAAAGGAUUGAGAACUUUAAAAGUGGUGUGGAUGCUGAUUCCUCUUUUCUUAAAGGCUGGAAGACAAAACAUGAAUGAAGGAAUACUUGCAUCUUUCAAGCCACUGGAGGGAGAAGUGGAAAAUAUGAGCAAUCCUCUUAUACGUAGAAAACUAGUAAUAGAUAAAACUUUCACUAUAUAAUAAAUGAUAAAUAAAAGAAUGGUGUGAAUCUUGUAAUAAAGAUAUUAACACAUGUCA